AUGACCAUUUCUCUUACUCGAAUUGGCUCUGAGCCUCUGACCCAGAAACCAUCCACUCUACAAAUUCCAGGCCCAAUACGUCGACAGCGAUCGCGGACAGAUCCAGGCCCAAGUCUAAUUGGAAGACGUGGUGGAAUCACCAAGAAACCACGUGAACCUUCACAAGAAGAUUUCGAGAAGGAUUAUUCGCAUGAGUGUUAUCGUUUCGAUGGCGAUGAAAGCAUCUACCGCCCGCAUAACGGCACUUUUGGCAUUCUUGGUGACAUCAGUGCCAUAAAAAAGGAUCAGCUCGGGAAGACUUUGCAAGUUCCUUUGCACUACGGUUUUCCUGGCAAGCAGAGUGGCCGUGCUCCGCGUGAUGGAGAUCUCAUCUGGGACUAUGACCUUCAAGAAUAUGUCGUUAUCCCGGGAAAUGCGGAAACUGACGUUAAUCGAGGGAAAGCAGAUCGUCUGCUUCAUUGGGAAAACUCGGCAGAAGGGAGAAGCGCAAAACCUAGAAUGUUUGAACGCGAGGCCGUCCCUUCAAAGGGAAGGAAUGGUCAUAACUCAGGUCUUAAACUCCAGUCCGCACCAAAGCAAUACGUCUUCUUCGUGAACGAACAUCUCUACGAUCUCGCUAGGCCAGAUCCAGCGAUCAUUUCAGCUGAGCAAAGCUCCAGAGGCGAUUUUCAGCGUCGGAAUCAGGGUGUGCCAAAGCAGCUGGAAGACUCUUCUUUCAAAUCCUGGGAGGACGACUCUUCCUCAGCUCACAGCAAUAAUACCUAUGCCGACCCGCUCAUUGACCCGGCGCUGAAAUUCCAACCACCCUCUGAAGUUGAUUACCUUCCAACUCCUCCACUCACUGAUACUUCGAGCAUCUCCACUUGUCAUACAUCUUUGGCUUCAACACCAAUUGCCCCACCCACCCCUCCACCAGAGUCAGAUCACCCUCACGCUCGGUCUUAUAUCUGUGGACAUAGCUCUGAGGAUUCCACGACGUCCUUGUUCUUCGCAGACCGUCUGCCAACUCCGUCCCUUACGUCAAUUCCAAUGAAUCGUUUCACAAUUGAUCAGAGACCUGAGGCUGAUAAUAACGACACGGUUUCAGCAGAGCCCCUUGGCGAAACCAUCACUCUUACACUCGAAGAGGAACUCGAUUACCAGGCUCUGUUUGGAGAGUACGAGUCUACUUCCGAGGAAUUCCUCAUGCAAUCGCCAUGCGGCAAACGAGAACUUGGUCCCCUGUUUCCGUCUGAAUAUGACAGUCUUCAUCAACCUUUUGAUCCGUGGUCAAUGCUUGAGAGUGUGUGA